UUGCAGUUCAUCGGACACGUCUGGGUUCGAGGCUUCAGUUACGCAUGCGCGCACCGCGCAUAUCGCAAGCUCCCAUAAAGUUAGCCGGUCAACAUUCACUUUUAUAAUUUUUUUUUUUUUUUUUACGAAUCGUUUGUUAGUCAUUUGUUGGUGAUUGUUGGCCUAAUUACAACGUUUGUUGAUUAAUAUUUUUUUGAAAAUACAAAAAUACCGUAUAUGUCACAGCAUCGUCAUACGAGAUGAUACUCCAAACGACUCUACCUUCUCCCCCCUCCAUUCCUCCAGGCAUUAGUUUUUUUCGUUUUUUAUGGCAAAUAUAAACCAACAAACAUUUUAAUUAUUUUUUCCAUAACCAAUAAACAAUUGCGCAUCGAUUGAAUUAAAUUUGAAACAAAAAUAACAUCUUUCCGGCUAACUUCACACAAAAUUUUUGUUUUUGUAUUUUCAAGAAAAAUAUUAACCAACAAACGUUGUAGUUAGAUCAACAAUCAACAAACGACUAACAAACGAUUCAUUAAAAAAAAAAAAAUUAUAAGUGUUGACCGGCUAACUUUAUGGAGCUCGCAAUCGACCCUCUGAUAAAUAUCUGAAGUAUCAGAACGCAGCGCGCAUUACGCAGCCUCGCAGCCCAUUCGUCGAUCACCGCACAUGCGCAAUAAACACGAUCCGAUACAGAAGACUUCUUCGAAGACGCAAUCGUAUACAAUCUAAAAAUCUAAAUGAUAAUUCGAAUUCGAGAUUCUCAAAAUUUUCUUAUGUAGCUGCUUACAGUGUGGUACAUAAUUUGUCUCAUUAGUAGAUAUAUGUAAAUCUACCGAAAGAAGAAGAAUUUGAGAACACGAAUUGUGUUAAUUACUUUGGUUAUUUUAUAUAUUGCAGUGCCGUGUUCAUUGUUUUCAUUCUUCUCACGGAAAAACACAUUGGAGAAUAAAAUGUCAGACAUGUCGGACAUAACUUUUGAUGAGACUUCUGCAAAUUUAUUCUCGAAUGAAAAUUCGUCAACAAACUUGAACACUGAUAUUGCUAGUUCAGACUAUUCCAUGUCUGUUUACAUUGACGAAUCAGAAUUCUCUAACGACAUACAUGAAUGGAAGGGUAUGAGCAUGAAUGAAAUACGUAAAGGUUGUGGCACAUAUGAAUAUCAAGAACAUCCACCAAUUGUUUUUUCAGCUAAGCAUACAGUGCUAUUUAGGUUACCAUUGUCUAUGCAUGAACCACCAAAACCUUAUCCGACACAUAAAAUAGACAAAUGGAACCAUGGAUAUGUACGAUUGCCAUGUUCUGCACAUUGUUUUUAUCCAGUAGAACAGAAAAGUGGAGAUCGUAACUGUCGAAAUAGAUGGGAUAUGAUUCAGGAAGCUUUGCUGAGAAACAUUCUCUCCAGUCAACAAUUAGAAAAUGCUAUACUUUCGUAUAAUCAAAUAUAUGCCCAACGUUGGAACUUUGCAGCGCUCCAUCACUUUUUUUCAGAGGUAUUGGAUCCAGAAGAGACGGCCAUCUUCUUCAAAACUUUAAUGCCAAAAAUAGUCCAGCUUGCUCUGCAACUUCCUAUGCUGCUAACCGGUGCGAUACCUCUUCUGAAACGUCACACUAAUAGUUUUAUUAGUUUAAGCCAAUUGCAAGUGGCUUCGUUACUAGCAAAUGCAUUUUUUUGUACAUUUCCUAGACGCAAUUCCAGUAAUCCACAAUCGGAAUAUGCAACAUAUCCAUAUAUUAAUUUUAAUAGAUUGUUUGCUGCCUAUAGUGAGGAAAAACAUAAUCAAUGUGAAUCAGUUAUGGAAAAAAUCAAAUGUCUUCUCCAUUAUUUUAGGAGAGUAACAGCAAAAGCACCUGAAGGUGUAAUAACAAUCGAACGGCGUUAUAUUCCACGUGAAAAUUGUCCGAAAUGGAACUUACAGAAUCAAAAAUUGCCACCACUGCAUAUAACAAGUAAAGGGACUAUUGAAAAUGAAGGAGCUGGAUUACUUCAAGUAGACUUUGCAAACAAAUAUGUGGGUGGAGGUGUGUUAGGUUUAGGAUGUGUACAGGAGGAAAUACGAUUUGUUAUAUGUCCAGAGCUUAUGGUUACUAUGUUAGUUACGGAAGAAUUAGAUGACACCGAGGCUCUCAUUGUCAGUGGUAUUGAACGAUACAGCAAAUAUGAAGGUUACAGUAACACCUUUAAAUGGAAAGGAGAUUUCGUAGACGAAACGCCCAGAGAUGACAGCUGCAGGCGUAGGACGUCAGUUGUUGCCAUUGAUGCCCUUUAUUUUAGACAGCCUUCGUUACAGUUCGAAAUCGAUAAUAUAACUCGUGAACUCAAUAAGGCUUAUGUUGGAUUUAUUGGAUCUGAUAUUUAUAAGAAUAAUCUAUCCGCCAUUGCAACGGGAAACUGGGGAUGCGGAGCGUUUCGUGGAAACCCGAAGUUAAAAGUAUUGAUACAAUUAAUGGCUGCUGCAGUUGCAGGUCGAUCUAUGGUCUAUUUUACUUUUGGAGACACAUUGCUGAGAGACGAUGUGGCAGCAAUGUACAAGCAUUUAGUUCAGCAUGAUGUUAAUAUAGCGCGACUUUACUCGAUGAUAUCAGAAUAUUAUCAAGAAUCUACAGUAUUAAGUGAUCAUUCGGAUUUUUAUCAUUCCUUGUACAACAAAAGCAGGAUAAAACCGUCGAGCAUACGUUUUCCGACAAAGAAUAAAAGUUUCUUGGAUAUUUUUGCCAAAGACACGUUAUCUCAAAGAAGCAAAAAUGUACUAAUAAAUAAAGAUAAGCAUCUUUAUGAAAUGACGGAAGAGCAACAGAUAAUAAAUUGGCUGGCAAGUUGUGAUGAUAAUAGCGACAAUAAUAUUAAAUUUGACACAAAGAACGCGUGUGACGAUAAAACUAAAAGUAAUCUAAAAGAAGCGAACAGUGUUAUUGAAAAUUUACACAUAGAGAAACAUUUUGUAAAUGAUAUUGUUGGAGAGAACAAAAAUCAGGAAGAUAAGGUAUUGUAUAAGUUGAGCAAAAGUGUAAAUUCUUCAAGUUUGAAAGAAUCGACUACUCAACAUUCUAUUGACAAGUCAAAGAAUAUAAAACCCGAGUUCUCAUUGGAAUCGUCAGAAUUAAACAAUAGUGAAUCUAUUAAAAUUUUAAAAGACUGUUCAGUUUCGGAAUCUCUUAAACAAAAAUCAUUUCCAAGAAAGAGCAACCAAAGGAAGAUAUCGGACGGUCGAGAUACAUCAAAAAAGAUCAAACCCGAAUUAUCGUUGGAAUCAUCAGAAUUAAAUGGCAACGAAUCUAUUAAAAUCUUAAAAGAUUAUCUCUCUCCGGAAUCGCAUAAACAUAAAUCAUCUCCGAGAAAGAGUGGCCAAACAAAGAUUUCGGACUUUUUCCAACGAGUAUCAUGAAUAAUAUCGAACAAUUAUUUUUUUUCAUACAAUGCAGUCUGCUCUUGCAGAUUUUAUUUAUAAUUCUAAACAUUCUCUGUAUAUUCUGUAAUCUUGAACCAAAUAACAAAAUGUAAAUAAAAUUCUGUGUAAAAUGA